AUGUCGAUGCCAUCUGCUUUCACACAAUUUCAACCAAAUCCGGACAACCAAGAAAUAAUUCAUUUACAAGAGAGCAUAGCAAGUCUUGAAAAGCGUCUUAAGGAAUUACAAAAAUGCGGGUCGCAAUCAAAUGUUGCCGGACAAAUUCAAUCUUUACAAACUGACAUAAAUAAUUUUCAACAGCAAGUAGACAAUGCAGCAAAAUCAAACCGGCAAGAAGCCAAAGUUUUAUUGGAAAAAUUCAAUGAUUUGCAAAAAUCAGUCGCAGAAAUGAAGAAUGAUCUAUUACAAAAAAUAGAUACUGACAAUAUAGAUAAAUGUGUUAUGCAUCUCGAUGGACAUCGAGUGCUUAAAGCUGCCGAGGUAGCCGAUAAAAUGACAACGAAUUCAGUUACACAAUUAAUAAAGGAUUAUUGCAGUCCAGACAACAGACGUCAAGAAGACAGACGAGGAGAUUUAAUCGAAUUCAUCAGUUAUAUGAACGAUCGCAGCAGACGUAAAUUAUUCAAAUCUUUAUUGGCCAGUAUGAAUAUCGACGAAGGCAACCCAAAGAAAAUUAUCGAUCAGAGGGUCGUCGUUAGCAAUAAGAAAACAGCAUCGUUCAAGUGUCCUCAUUGUACGAAAGAUAUUGUGUACAAAAGUGCUGUCUAUUCAGAGGGAUAUCUUGUAACAUGUUGCUAUGACAAUUGCAAGCGAAAAUUUCACCAAGUAGCUUGUCCCCACUGUUCUGGCUCUAAUACAUGGAAAAAUGCUGAUUACCAACAAGGAUCAGUUGUAACGUGUGCCUACGACACCUGUAAGCGCAAAUUCCAACAGGUGGUUUGUCCGCACUGUUUUGGCUCCAUCGUCUGGAAAAAUGCUGAUCACAAAGAAGGAUCAGUUGUAACGUGUCCCUACGAAACCUGUAAGCAAAAAUUCCAACAGCUGGCUUGUACGCACUGUUCUGGUUCCAUCGUCUGGAAAAAUGCUGAUCAUGAAGAAGACGAACCUGUGACAUGUGUGUACGAGAAUUGUAGACGAAGAUUUUUGUGA